UACCAAAGAGCUGGUGGACAAAAAACCGGACUACCUGACUGAAAGGUUGGUGGAGAACGAGGAGGGGGAAAAAGUGAGCGUCGUGGGAGGGAGGGCCACCUGUGACGGCAAAUGAGUGAAGAGGAGGCUCCGAGUCAGUCCACUGUCAGUGCUGUGUGUCAUUCAGUGGGUGUUUGUGUGUUUGACAGUGUGCACUGGCGUUUAAAGUCCAGUUGGAUUAUCUUGAGCUGAAGGAAAAACGUACAUUUCCUUCUCUUCGAGGAAUUUGGACGUGAUUUCAGGUUUCUUCAGCCCUCUCUACAGCACGGUGAAAGAGGCUGCCUAUUUGCCUGCCUGCCAGUGUUUGCCUGAGUACGUAGGUGUGUGUGAGUCGUAGGGGUGAAUAUGUUUGCGUGAGCGCCUCUGCAUGCGCAUACACCCUGGUCGAAGAGUGCGUGCCCCAUGAGACGCUCGGCAGAGAUGCAGGGAGCUCGAACCUCUGCGGUGCCGCUCCUGCUGCUGAGCUGCUGUGUGUGUGCAGCAGCCGGCUACCCGUUCAGAACGCCCCUGGACCUGGAUGUGACUCCUCGCGUCACGGUCCUCUCCUCUGGUCUCCAGGGCUGCAGGCGUUUCCAGUCCUCUGCAGUCAACUACAGCACCAUGUUACUGGAGGCUGACAGUGAACGUCUCUACGUCGGGGCCCGGGGGGCUGCGUACGCUCUCAAUGCCUCUGACAUCUCAGCCAGCUCUGCUCUCACUAUUGAGUGGGAGGCCUCCCCCGACCAAAAACGUCAGUGUCUGCUCAAGGGAAAAGACAAUAAGACGGAGUGUUUUAAUCACAUCCGCUUCCUCCAGAGGUUCAAUUCGACUCAUUUCUACAUGUGUGGGACUCAUGCCUUCAGACCACUCUGUGCAUACAUAGAGGAGGAGAGGUUUGUGAUGUCAUCUCGGCCUGAAGAGGGCAAAGACAAAUGUCCCUACGGGCCAACAACGGGCUACACUGCCCUCAUCAUCGACCAGCAGAUGUAUACAGCUACCCAGUAUGAGUUUAGGAGCUUUCCAGAUAUCCGCCGCAACUCUCCGUCUCCCACACUGAAGACAGAAGAUGCCCCCACACGCUGGCUGAAUGAGGCAGACUUCGUGGGCUCUGCGCUGGUGAGGGACAGUUUGGGCAGCAGCACCGGCGAUGAUGACAAGAUCUAUUUCUUCUUCACUGAGAAGAGCCAGGAGCAGACGACAACCUACAGCCAUAGCAGGGUGGCACGAGUGGCUCGGGUUUGUAAGGGAGACAGGGGAGGCCGGUUAACUCUUCAGAAACGGUGGACGUCCUUCCUCAAGGCCAGGCUGACAUGUUCUCUGCCCGAGUACGACUUCCACUUCAACAUGCUGCGCAGUGUGUUCGCCAUGCCUGGGCGCACGCCACAGGACACACUCUUCUACGGCAUCUUUGGCCUGGAGUGGAAAAACGUGAAGGCGUCUGCGGUGUGUCGGUUUUCUCUGUCUGACAUCCAAGAGGCAUUUCAAGGACCCUACAUGGAGAACCAGGACUCCGGCUCUAAGUGGAAGGAAUACACUGGAAAGAUCCCUGACCCACGACCUGGAACGUGUAUAACUGAUGCUCUGAGGGCCAGGGGCAUAAACGUCUCCACCUCCCUGCCUGAUGAUGUGCUGGACUUUGUCAGGCGGCAUCCUCUGAUGUCCCAGCAGGUUCAACCUUCAGACAGACGCCCCCUUUUGUUCAGGAGGACCACAGAUUACACACACAUGGCUGUACAGAUGAUCCAAGGCUUAGAUGGACAAAAAUACCAUGUGUUAUACAUGGGCACAGAUGAAGGCUGGUUGCAUAAAGCUGUAGAAGUCGAGGGUCAGCUGCACAUUAUCGAGGAGCUUCAAGUCUUUGAGGAACCACAGCCUGUUAACAAUCUACUGAUAUCUGCAAAACAGAUGAGCGUGUAUGUGGGCUCUCCGUCAGGCGUGGUGCAGCUUCCACUCUCUAACUGUCGCAGAUACGCUUCCUGCUACGACUGCAUCUUCGCCAGGGACCCUCACUGCGCCUGGAACGGAGCCCAGUGUGUGGACGUAAUGGCUCAUGUAGACAGAUCCGCUUUAAUCCAGGACAUCCAGCAUGGCAGGAAGGGAUGUGAGAACACACAAGAAGACAUUGUUGUGCGGAGCCGCGCUGUGCGGGUGGGGGAUGAUGUGCUGCUGCAGUGUGAGCUCAGCUCCAAUCUGGCGACGCCUCUCUGGACUCAAGAUGGCAGCGAGCUGCAGGGCUACGGCCUCAACUCUGGCUUCAGAACCGGCACUGAUGGCCUGCUGAUCAUCGAGGCCCGGCAGGACCAGAGUGGGCUGUACACCUGCUACGCGGUUGAGAACAGUAUCAAGGUCGCCAUCAUUACCUACAACAUCACCAUCGGUCUGGACCUGCCUCCUCCCCCACCUGUUGAGCCAACUGAAGACUUUUACACCCUGCCACCCACUGAGCAUCCGUCCUCCGAGAGGCCUCUGCCGCCACCCCCAGCCCCCGUCCUCCCCCACUCAGAGCUGCUCUCCCCCAGGAACAUGGAGGCCAUGUACCUGUCCCUCAUCACCAUCCUCGGAGGCCUGUGUGUGGUCCUCACCGUGGUCCUUGUCUAUGUGGGCUACUGCCUGCGAGUGGGCCACAGAGGGAAGUACUCGUUGCGGGCCGCAGCUGCUGCCCACCCGCACAGUAAGAGGCACAACAAGAACAGAAAACAGCACAGAAACUCCUCCCAGAUGGAGCUGAAGACAAUCUCCAGCCACUGUAACGGCAACGGCGUUUGUAAUGGAGUUUCAAAGCAGCGUAACGGCGGCAUCCAGGACGGGGGCUUCCUCCAGAUCGUCCCCGGUGAGGCUUACCCAUCACCUAAUAAGGAGCCUCCUCCCCCGGCCCCUCCUCUCCCACCAACUCCCCAACAUCCCUCCCCUGAGUGUGACUUCCCCAACGGGCUCUCGGCCACGCUGCCCAGCGUCCUGAGGAGGAUGAAUGGCAACAGCUACGUGCUGCUGAGGCAGAGCGACUCUGAAAACACUUCACCGAGUUGCUACUCCUUCGCCGAGGAGCUCAACAGAAUCUUAGAGAAGAGGAAACACACUCAGCUGCUGCCCAGGCCGGACGAGAGCUCUGUUUAAAAAGAUGUAGAUGCUCCCCCUGUGGUGGGAGGACUGCUGUGUUCAUACCUGGUGCUGAAGUGCCUGUCAUAUGACUCAUUAUUGUUGAGGACUAAAGCAAUGAAAGAGUCUUAUCUACAUGAUUUACUUUGGAUUUUAUUUACAAGUCCAUCCUGAAACAUUCCUGCUCUUUGAACCUUUGAUUAAUUCCCAAAUUUCCCAAACAAAUAACAAGUGAGAAUGAGAAAUGGCAGUGAAAGAGACUGUGUAAUCUACCUCACCUCAAUACUGCCCAGAAGGACGUGCGCAGUCAGUCUGUAGUCUGAUCCGAGUAUCAGGGCUGAGAUCUCGGCCGCAGAAAGAUCUCUGUUCCACAAAGCGGGACACACAGACUCCAAUGAGGAGCCGAGCCCCAUGGGAAUAUAAAUACAUGUGAAGGCUUCUGCUGUGUGGCGGCCAUAUUUGGCUCGAUUUCAACUGGAGGGCAGCUAGCCAAAGUUUGUUUGCAAUGAUAAGUGCACAGAUGGCCUAUGCAUUUUUAAAACAUGACAUUCACAUAUUAUAAAUAUUGAGGGAGGUGGACGUGAGCGAGGGAAUUUGGUGUGCAGUGUUUGCACUUUUAAUUCUGACUUAACCAAUUGCAAUAACCAAUACAAAAUAAUAUACAUUAACUCAUGACAGCACAUAACACUUUACACCAGCCAUCAUUAAGAAAUGGUGAACUAAUCAUUAUUUAAUAUUAUUGUUAACCAUAAUUUGGAGUAAUUGAAGAUUUUGUAUGAUUCAUUAAUGACGUAAUGAAUGACAAUAUUAAAAAGUGAAACUACCAUGUAUAUGUGGCGUUAAAAUAACUAAGAAAUCAAAUCAAUAAUCACAGCAAUUAACAAUUUGUUUUGUAACUACAUAAUAUAGAGGUAAACUUUUAAUUAUUAUUAAAAUAUUUGCAAAAACAAAUAAGCAUCACUGUACUUAGAGACCUAUUUUACAGUUGCAGCUGAGGCUCACAAUCAUAAGUGAUUAAAACUUGCCUUGUUAUGUGAAGCCUUAUGUUGGCCAUUAAACAGAAAUGGGUCCACAUUAUAUAAAUAACAUUCACAAGAUACUGAAGAAUAAACAAUAAAAUAGUGUUGUUUAACCUUUACAUGAUGGAUGAAAUAUUAAAUAGUGGUUAUUUCACCAAGUGUUGUAGACAAUUAUAUGACAGUAUUAUUGAAUUGAAUGCACUUUAAAAUGACAAGUUUUAAAGCGCUUCGGGGAAAGUUAAAGGACGUUUUUGUGGAAUUUGACUCUGCAACCUGUCAUGGCGCAGCGGGCCAGAGGACCUUUUUGAUUGGCCGUUUCUCAGUUUGAAGAGCUGCAGCAGUGGAAGCUGCAGCUGUGUCUGCUGGACCUUGAUUGACACAAGUGGAUUAGAAGGAAAACAUUGACUGUGUCUCAGCUGAGCCUGAAUCCACCCUGCAUGAGACUAUAACACGGAAUGACAGACUGUGGGGCACAGCGUUCACCGAAAGCAUCCGAGGUCUGAUGAGCACAGGUCAGUUUGAAUUUCUCUUAAUUUAAUUCCCGGGGAUACUAUCUCCCAACCAGCGUCAGAUGGCAGGAGAUGGCACCGGCUGCAAAGACGUUCUUUUAAUGAGCAGUGAAAUGAAACUCGCCAUCAUUAGUGGACGGCAGAGCCAGAAGAGAAAGAGAGGCUGAUUAACAGCGAGAGAGUGUCUGCACCUACAGCUCUGCUUCCCCAUAACUGGAAUGAAAAUUGUUGUCUGCACUGUCUCACAGAGCAAUGUUUGUUCUUCAGACUGUGACUCUUUGUGUGCAGAGAGCGUCCUUGCCUCUGUAUGAUGCAAACUUGUUAGACCAAACUCAAUGUAUAAUGACCUUUUUCUCACACUUGCUGCAUGAAUUAUUUUUCAACACUGUUGUUUUUUUUUUCUUUAAGUCAAGGAAACAACAACAUCCUAUUUUAAUGAAAAGUGCCACGGUUGAUGUUUAAAAAAAAUGCUUUGUGAGCCUAUUUUACUGUAAAACCAGAAGAAAAAGAUUUUAAAAAAGAAGCGUAUUUAUUUUGUAAUUUUGUACAUUGUGUUUUGGAAGUUAUUGUUAAUGUUGCUGUUCAAGUGCUACUUGUGAGACACCAUCCUGACAAAUAGGAGGGUUACAAGUUGCCUGUGUUGCACAAAGUGUGAGCACGGUAGCCAAAAGCAUGCAGAGGCUGUACCAGCAACACACACUUUAAUAUUAUUAGCCUACUAAUGGGAGGAGAAUUACACCAAUUACCACUCCCAAUAACCUGUUUAUUAGGGAUCAUUCAGCUUUUCCAUCACUGUAAUUUCCACAUAUUAGUUUUGAUUUCUAUUUGCAUGUUACACCAAGCUUGUGCACACAGCAAAUCAAAUUAUUUUACUAAACUAACACAAUAACAGGGCAGCGGGUUCCUUCACAUUUC